AAUAUUUUUUAAAAGGAUAAAUUCGGUUUGUCAAGAGCAGUCGGUUCAGCUCUUUUUAUCUCCAUGAUUGCUUGAUAUCAACUGAACUAGUGAAGUUUGUAAAAUAUCAAUUUAUGGAAAGAUUUCCGCCCGCACCCCCACCAUUUGGGGGUAUUGAAUUAUGAUAUCAAGUGCUAGGGUCUGGAUUCGAACUCCAGACCAUCGGGACUGUAGCCGAGCACUGUAUUCACUUGGCCCUGCAGUGGAUCAACAAGAAGAAGAAAAUUCUGAUACCAAAAAGUUGAAAGGUAAUGAAGCUAAGCAGUCAAAAACGCUGGAUAACUUCUUUGGUAAGAAAACCGAACAGAGUGAAAGUACACUUAAAGCAGGUGGACACAAAAAAGAUGAAGAGAAAGAAACAGUAUCCUCAGAAGACGACGGUACAUGCUUAUCUGACGAGGCUGAGAAAGAAACAGUAUCCUCAGAAGACAACGCUUCAUGCUUAUCUGACGAGGCUGAAGCUGACGUCAGUGAUACAGAGGAAGAACAAGACCAGCCACAAUCUCCACUCAGUGUUAAAGAAAAUAUCAAAAAUAAAUUCCUCGUAGACAUGCCUGAUGACUUCUACUACUUUUGGGAGUUUUGUCAGAAGGAAGAACCAAGUGACCCUUGUGAGGCACUGAUGUCAGCAUUGGGAUUUCAACUGGUGGGACCAUUUGAUAUCUUGGUGGGCAAACACAAGAAUGUUAGCAAGAACCGUCGAGACAGAACGCCCAAUUUCUUACGUCACUGGAGAUACUACUACGACCCACCUGAGUUUCUGACUGUUAUUCGAGGAGAUAACAAGAAACAGCUGCAUUUAGGAUACUUCAGGGAUGAUCCGAAGGAAUUACCAGUGUUUGUCGCGGCCAACUGUGCUAAGGACAAUGGUAUCAUUACACCAAGGGGAGAGAACCUGUUUGCUGCAGUUAAAUAUUAUAUAGAUGAGACGCUUAAAUCAACAGAAGGUGCAACUAAGAAAAAAUUGGAACACCUCUCAAAGAGUUUAGUGGAAUUUGCUAAAACAAAAAACUGUUCGUUGGACUUGAAAACUAAAAACAUGAAGGCUCGAGAUAAGAAGGUUGUGUGUAAAAGUUUUCAUGGAGCUGGUAUCGUCGUACCAGUAGAUGAGAAUGAUAUUGGAUACAGGGAGGUUCCAGAGACACCAGCCGAUUUAAAAAAGAUGUUCAAGAAAAUUGUUGACAGUAAAUCUGAAAAAGAGCGGGAUGAUAACUUUGAGCCUCUGCAAGAGCUGAUAACUUUUAUCCAGUUUGCUAAUGAUGAAUGUGAUUAUGGAGAAGGACUUGAACUUGGUUUGGAUUUGUUUACAUAUGGUGGAAAAACAUUCCAUUCGACUAUACUUCAUCUUCUCCCCAUGGCCUACGAGCUGCUGCAUCGACCAGAGUUUGGACAAAUCAUCAAUGCUCAUUUGAAAAACAGAAUACACUCGGCAGAUCUGAGUGAAUUAGCUUGAAUGUAAUACAUGCAAGUUCAUGAGUGUGGGGGAAUGGAGAAUAUUUGUGUACAGUUGCAUUUUACAGGAAUUCCCAAUUGUUACAGUAAAUAUUAUGCGUGUUUUGACACAUGACAGAUAUGAUCGUUUAUGUGACAUCACCAUUUACUGUUUGUGCAAAGUUUACUGAAUGAUCAAUCCUAGCAACAACAAAAAAAUCAGUAAUAAAACAAACAGUUAUGCAAAGUAAAAUAAGUUAUGUAAUUAAAAAUGUUUUUGGCGUCACUCCAUUUCAAAUGCAAAAUUAGAAUUGCAGCCACUUAUUAACAAUGGUUGGACAGUAAAAUAUUUAGACAUUUCAAA